AUGCGGAUACUUCGCAGCGGCCAUGCCGCCGUCGCAAUCAUACUUGGCCUUCUUCUUUGCCCCCACACGAGUGUUUCUCAUCCCACAGAUGGUAUCUCAUCCCAUGGGAGCGACAAUGCGCCUGAUAUCGAUCGCCUGGACGUUCGAGGCCACGAUUCUCGAGAGUCGCCAAGCUUUACUAACUUGGACCCGGACGGAGUCGAUAAUUUGACCGCCACGGUUGAUCAAUCGUCCGGCCUUCAUCGCAGAGCUUCCAAAGACUUUUACCUGAGAGUAAUGCCACUUGGUGCUUCUAUCACACAAGGCUACAAGUCAAGUGAUGGCAACGGCUAUCGCAAGUGGCUUCGAUCUCAGCUCCGUUUCCAUGGCUGGAAAGUCAAUAUGGUGGGAUCGGAGAGGGAUGGUACUAUGGCAGACUCGGACAAUGAAGGCCAUCCUGGUUGGAUGAUUAACUCCGUAUUUGGCGCCUGGAAAGAAAGUAAGUGGAUGAAACCCAAUUUGGUCCUUAUCAACGCAGGAUUGAAUGACUGCAACAAGGGAGGUGAUCCGAGCAAAGCAGGUGAGCGGACCAAAGAAAUGGUAGAUGACAUAUUCGCCAGCGUCCCUGGCGUAACAGUCAUUCUAUCUACCCUCCUGAGAAACGGAGAUCCGGACCGAGAUGCCUGCUCCAAAGACAUCAGCAGGCAAAUUAGGAGCGUGGUAAAGGGAUACAAGAAGGGGACCCGCAUCGGACUCGCUGAUAUACGUGAUGUCAUGAAGCUGAGCGACAUUGGGCCGGACAACGAUCACCCGACCGACGAUGGCUACAAGUGGUUUGCUGGAGUCUGGUGGGAUGCCAUCAGCCAGAUCGAGGAUCGCAUACAGCCACCGGCAGCAGUCAACGGUAUCAACGAUGCAGCCACUGGACAGACCAACCAGUGCAAAAAGGUUGCUGGAAACUCGGGCCUGCCCGCUCAGUCUCAACUUGGGAGUGGCCACGAUGAUGGCAACUACGUUCAUGCGAGCACUGCGCGCGGGACUCUCGACAGCGCAGUCAUCGACAAGGGCAGUGACCCCAAAUCAAUCACUGAUGCAAUCCCUUGGCACAUCUUCUUCGCCAAUAUUGUCAAGGGCGACCCCAAUGCGGCUCGCACAGCCGCUCUCGAUGAUUGGAUCCGCGUUUACCACAAUACCAAGGACAAGAACGCAUACUGGUUCCGUCAGAACCUGGGAGGAGGCAAGUUUGACAAGUCCGUACAGUUUGACGUUGACAUGAAUUGUGAUUUGGGCCCUCGCUAUGCCUUCGCCGAUCUUAACAAUGAUGGCCUGGAUGACUUUUUCUGCAUCAAGGAGAACGCUGUGUGGGCCUCACUCAAUCGUGGCGGGAACCCUCCAAAGUUCGAAAGUAUCGGGCAAAUUAUUGGCGAUUUUGGUGGCUUGAAAGCAACCGAUGUACGCAUCGCAGACAUCGACGGCGAUGGAAGAGCGGACUUUUGCUUCGUCAAGUCCGCAGGCGAGAUUGUAUGCUCCCGGAAUGGUGGCUGGGGUGAUAAACCACAAUGGCAGGGAUUCAGCACAGUUGAUGGAAUCCGUGGCACUGUCUUUGACAUCGAUCUCCCGGAUAAGUCCGGUAUAAUCCUUGCCGAUAUCAACGGAGAUUUUCGGAGCGAUGUCCUAUACAUAGGCGGCAAUGGCAAUGUCCGGACAUGGAUCAACAAUAGAGGAACCGGCAAGGGCAUAGUGCCCAAUUGGAGAUCUGCAGGUCUUACGCACGCCGGUCAAAGCUCCACUGGCGUCCAAGACAGCAUAAAAUUUGGGCGCAUCUACGGCUCCAACCGCCUCGACUAUAUUCUCCUCAAGGAACAGAAGGAUACUUAUGAUGUUCUUGUCUGGGAGAACAAGGGACAGGGCGGCACGAAACUCAAGGCCGACGGCAGCUAUUACUGCGAUAUGCGCAACUCUGGCAGCGACGACCUCGUUUGGAUCUACCAAGACGGUAGGGUCGAUGAGAUCAACGUCAACAUCCACUCGCCGCCUGCAUGGGGCCAUGCUAUCUCGUUUGACCUCAGGGUUCCUGGACCGAGAAACGGUAUACACUUGGCCGAUUGGACGGGCGAUGGCAAAUGUGACAUCAUUGUACAGGAGAAGGCAACUGGGGCUCUGACUAUCUAUCAGAAUACUUACCAAACGGCGUCUGGCCGCAUGACGUUUGACAGCAAUACUCUUCAUGCAGCGCCCGGUUGCAACCAAGGCUGGGGUGUCGGGAUAUUCGACCUGGGAAUGAGGAUUCACGACAUUGACGGUGAUGGGCGAGCUGACGUAUUGUGCAUUGAGAAGAACGGACUCAUUACGGGUUGGCUUAACAAGGCCUCCGGGUUAGAAUCCGUUGGUCAAGUCAAGUUCUCAGAGGGAUGGGAUCGAGCUAGCAUACGGUUUGCCGACGUAGAAGCGUCUGGAAGAGCUGAUCUUCUAUAUGUCGACAAGUACACGGGAGCUGUCAAUGUCUUUACCAACAAUGGGCACAAAGCUCAAGGAGGGAGUUCCUUCUCUUGGAUCAACCGUGGAAUGCUCUACAACCCCAUUGACCGAGGCGAGAACAUGCACUUUACCAACCAAGGCGGUUUAGGAAGAGCUGAUAUGGUCAAGCUUGAUCCGUCAACGAACAAGGCAUGGACGUACUGGAACAAAUGUGGCUCAACUGGUGGAGACGAUGCUCCUGCAGACAAGGACCCUGGUCUACCCAAGACAGGUGGCGGUUCUGUAGGCGAUGACAUCAAGGAAAUCGAUCUACCAGAGAAGGCCGUGGACACCGACAAGAUUUGCAAGAUGAACUUUGACUCCAAGGACCAAGCCAAGAUAUCCGAGACAUGGACCAAGAGCGGUGCGGCCCAGUGGUUCAAGGACUUCAUCACCAAGAACAAGGCCGAGAACUGGACAGAUAAGUUCUUCAAGGCCGUCAUCGCCGGUGGUCAGCAGGGCGGAUCAACAAUGGACUGCAAGGAUCUCGGAUCGACAACGUGUGUUGGACCUGGCGCAACGGCUUGCACAACGUACACGCCGCCCGAAGCCUUUUAUGUCCAUGUGCAGAUUUCCAAUCUGUUCAGCGCUCUUCACAAGAUCUGGACAAAGUCUGUCAACUUCAGUAUUGACCAGCUAUCAGGCGGUAUCAAGGAUAUCGUCGAUAAGUAUGGUGAACCGCCCAGCGACGACCGUGCUUUGAUCCUCAACAUGCUGAUUGGCAUCCUUACCUCAGGCGCCGGCCUUGGAGCAAAAGCCCCCGGUAUCUCAGGCUCCCUGACCUUCUUGUCGGGCGCCUUCGCCCAGGCGUCUGCCAACAGUGGAAGUUUCAGCAAGGUGGUCACCAAGGAGGAUCUCAAGGACGACCUGGAGAACGCCUACGGUAAGGUUUUUGGUGCCAUACUCAACGUUACCAACGGAUAUGUCGAGGGAGUCCUCUCAGGUAAGCUGCCUGAUGAAAUCAAGGACACUACCGCCGAGGACUUUGUUCUCGACAACUUUGAUCAGGGCCAGUGGUUAUCAGAGCCGGCUGUCACAGAGGCGAUGAAGACAUACGUCGAGGGCACGCAUAAGAAAUGGCUCGAGUUUGCAAAAGCGAGAGCGCUUAUGAAUGGCAAUGGCAAAAUUGAUGGGUGGUAUGCUUUAAUGGCGAGCCAUCCCGACGACGAGUGCAGCCUGCGAAGAACUGAACCGAAAGAUCCAACAGAUUGGACGCAAAAGCUAACAGAGGAAGUCUGCACUAAGAAGUUGCCUGGAUGUAUCUGGCAUGAUAAGCGCUGCAUAUGCUUCGGACAUAGUGACCACCGUUAUCAGGGGGGAACGAUUCGACGGUUUGGAAUUCUAUAUAACGACGACUUUGUUUCCGAGAUCACUGAGAUGGAGAAGGUUGUGGACGACUACAAGGCCGCGCUCAUCAACAAUUACGAGUGCAAUAAUGGUGAGCCCUCGGUGCCCAGCCAAAAGGACUUGGACAUCAAAAAGCCUAUCGCAUACCCUAAAUGCUUUAUCUCAUUUUAUAGGCUGAAGGAAGAUGAGAGAUUCUAUUGCGAGAUUGCUAAGGAGCUUUGGUAA